AUGUAACUAAAUAAACCUAUUAAAAAUUCCAAAUUUGAAAAUGUCAAAACGCAAACCCGCCUUCAUGUCAGCGACCGGAUCCCCCCAAGCUUCGCGCAGACCGAGCUCAGUUUUUGAAAUGCGUCGCGACGGAGCCCCCGCCUUUGUGGAUAUUGAUGAAGUUAUUUCCUCCCUGGUUGAGUGUGAUCAGCCGAGCGUGGGCGUACAAUUGGAUGAGAGUGACAUCCGCUAUAUAUGCAUGCGUGCUCGUGAAAUCUUUCUGUCCGAGCCAACGCUGCUUGAUGUUGCGCCGCCAGUUAAGAUUUGUGGCGAUGUCCAUGGCCAAUACAGUGACUUAUUGCGCAUUUUUGAGUCGGCAGGAUAUCCACCUCAGGUGAGGUACUUAUUUUUGGGCGACUAUGUUGAUCGCGGCAAACAGUCCAUAGAGACCAUCACCCUGCUUCUGGCAUACAAGAUUCGUUACCCCAAAUCGAUCUACUUGCUCCGUGGUAAUCACGAGUGCGCCAGCAUAAAUAGAAUAUACGGCUUCUAUGACGAGUGUAAGCGAAGGUAUACGGUGAAACUUUGGCGACACUUCGUUGAUACCUACAAGUGCAUACCUAUAGCAGCUCUGGUUGGUGGUCGCAUCUUUUGCGUGCACGGCGGGCUUAGUCCCAGUCUCAACAGUCUCGAUGACAUACGAAAGAUCCAGCGGCCUUGUGAAGUUCCCGACCGUGGUCUGAUCUGUGAUUUGCUCUGGUCGGAUCCGGACGAAAAUGUCUGGGGUUGGGGUGAAAAUGAGCGGGGAGUGAGCGUUACAUUUGGACAGGACGUUGUGCAAUCUUUCUGCAAUCGGUUCGGUGUCGAUGUCAUUUGUCGUGCACAUCAGGUGGUCGAAGAUGGUUACGAGUUCUUCGCGCGACGCCAGUUAGUAACGGUUUUCUCAGCUCCAAACUAUUGUGGCAUGUUUGACAAUGCCGGCGCUGUCAUGAGCGUGGAUGCCAAGAUGGUGGUCAGCUUUAUUAUACUACGCCCAUUAUUUGCGGUUCGGAAUUUAUUGCACAAUGCGCAACCACUAUUAGCGACGGGAAGAAAUAGAAAUUUUUAGCAGGACGAUGGUAGGUGCGAUGCGACAGUGUGAAGAACUCAGUUUUCUAUUGAUCAUGUCAUUGUUAAUUCAAUAUAAAUUCAUUUUUCACAAUCCUAUUAGGUAUA